AACUCCAACUACACAAACAGAGCAGCGCGUUCAGAGGGAGCUUACAGGAGCUUCGUUUGUGUUCUUAUGGAAAAGCACUCGGUACUUGUGGCUCUUUACAUUAUAUCAAAGCGACACGUGGUGGUGUUAUUGUAGCUGUUGUGCUCGUAGACAGUGAAAUGAAGGACUGCCGUUUACAGCUGUGCCUCAGGGUCCUCCUCAGUGUCCCGGGGACAUGGAGGUUUUAGUGCUGUAUUCGUGGAGUGAUCGCCUUCCGUGGAGAGGAUAAAAAGGGUUCACAUUCUAAAGGGUUACCGAAGGUCAUGGAGUUCCCAGGACAUAGUCAGCAGCUCUUGGCUAGUCUGCGCUCCCAGCGCCUGCAGGGAUUUCUGUGUGACUGCACUGUAAAGGUUGGCCCCACUCGCUUUCUGGCUCACCGUGCAGUGCUGGCUUCCUGCUCCCCAUUCUUCCACAUGUUCUACUCUGAACAUCCAGUUGGCAAUACAUCCACAGUUAACGGUGGUCCAGAGAGAGACACCGUCACCAUUAAUGGGGAUAUAGUGACCCCUUCAGCAUUUGGGCUGCUCCUUGAUUUUAUGUAUGAGGGUGUGCUCCGCUUAGCAGCUCACCCACCUCCAGAAGAUGUGCUUGCUGCAGCAAGUUUCCUGCACAUGAAUGACGUGGUUCGAGUAUGCAAGAAAAGACUGCAGGGCCGUGGACUGGCUGAGGCAGACAGCACCAGGGCAGAAGAAGGAGGGAGUGAGGCUGGGGGAGAUGGUCCAUCUAGAGAAGGAAGAUCAAAUGAAGCAGGAGAGAGAAAUUGUGGAAGGGGACCGGUAGCAGAUGGCGAACAGGGAGCUGUCAGUAUUUCAGUAUCAAAUCCAUCCUUAUUACCCUCAGUAACGCAGUGUCUACAGCCAAGCCAGCAAAUAUCUUCUCAUGUUGACACAAAAACUGAGGCGAGGGUGGGAGUACCUAGCCGAAUCACACACAGUGCUAAUUUGGGUAGUCCAGAUAUGGCAGACACUACUCAACCCGGUAUGGACUCUCUUCCAGCAGCAAGUGACUCUGGGCCAGGCUUGUACUCUUCCUCUCCUGGGCCUGUUAGAGCUGGAACUUCAACAAUAUCUGGUAGUCUUGAGUCUGCACUUUCAAGCCCUUGCAGCACAACAGAAUCACUUCAGACAGGCACAGAAGCUCAGACCAAUGCAUGUACUGUCAUGGCUCUGGCCCAUAUGGACAACAAUCAGGCUGGUGACUCCUCUCAAAAUGUACCCAUGUCAAAAGAAACCAGCACUGUAUUUACACAUGGCAGCACUCCACAGGGUAAAACUACAAAACCUAAAUCGCUUCAGCGCAGAGGACAGAGUUGUGCUAUUUCUCUACCACCUCAGCACACUCUAAAUCAGGCUGAAGGAAGGCAGUCUUCAAGAGGUUUGGCUGAACAGCCACAUUCUCCCAUAGCACUAUCCUUAGCAGGUAGAGGAGCUGAACGGGAGGAGAAUGAAGAGGAAGGGGUGAAAGUAAAGGUGGAGGCCAUUGUAAUCUCUGAUGAAGAACCAGAAGAUGUGGAGGAAACACUUGUCAGGGUCAGAGAGCAAAGAAGAGACGCUGGCUUAGAGGAAAGGGAGGAUUAUGACAGUAACCGUGAUGUGGAGAUCACAAAUGCUCACUUCAUCCCUCCACACACAUUAAUACAACUCCCUCAUGAUCACCAAGAGCCACUCUCUUUCCCUCUUUCACCACAUGGCCCUAGUGCUUCCUCUUCUGAUCACACUAGCUUUUCAUCCUCACUUUUCCCAACUGCCUCCCAGCAAUCAGAGCAGCAGGGCAUCUACUUUGAAGAAUUUCAAGAUUCUCUUGGGAAUUACGUGGAAGAUGUACCUACAUGUAACACUUGUGGAAAGACAUUUUCCUGUGCUUACACGUUGAGGAGGCACGCCAUAGUACACACAAGGGAGCGUCCCUAUGAGUGCAGUUACUGUUACCGUAGUUACACACAGUCUGGGGACUUGUACAGGCACAUAAGAAAGGCACAUGACCAUGACCUGCCAGUGAAACGCAACAGAACAGAGACUGACCCUCCUCCAUCCCCACCUCUUCCUCAGCCUCCCCAGACAUAACUAUGUAUAUGCCAAGUCCUAUCAAAGCAUAAUCUUUCAAAAGUUGUACUUGAACUAGAAGGACAGACUAUUGUAAUGGUUUUAAAAAAAAAAAAAAACACGUGUUCCCAGGUUGUUUGGACCAACUUUAUAAGACUGUAAUUGUUAAUAUACUGCCAGAGAGCAUUUGGCAUGUAAUUACCCACGUUUCAUGCAAUACACUUAUACAGAAGGUAUCCAUUCACUUCUGCAUAUGCCUUUUUGUAUGCAGUUGUUGCAAAUGUGAAAAAAUGGAUAGUCUGGAAGUUGUAGUUGUCCCAAUAAAGUACAGCUGGUUUAACAUA